UUGAUUUGUUCUGUUUCAUAGCAGUGUGUUGGUUGGAUCAGCUGGAUGUGGAGGUCCAGUAUGGCAGGUGAAGCUGGAAGUGGUCGAUGCCGAUCACAUCAGAAUGUAGCAGUCAUAUUAGUUCUGUGCUAUUUAGUCCCAAGUUUAACUUGUUUUAGUUUGGAAAGGGUGAGCAAGAAUGUUAAGCAGGAUGAGGUUGUUAAUGAGGCCACAGUGAUGGGAGAAGUAUGGACAGGAAGCAUAAACUUCAAUGGAAAAGAGCUUGACUCCCAGGCAGGAUAUGCCUCUGUUGCUGCCACUGGAAAUGAUGGGUGGUUGAGUACUGACUUGGAUGAAUCGGAUGGUUCAGGGAUGUUUGAGGAAGCCACGGGCUAUGAAGCAGCAUGGAUGCGCUUGAAAGCUUCCCUGCAAUGUGGACCAAACAAGAUGGAGUUCAAGGCAAUGGGCCCCGGAGCUGCUGACUUGCAGCUAGACAUGGGUAAUGCACAUUCUCUGCCUUUGAUCCAGGUGCCAAAAACCUGUAAAUACUCAGUGAAACAGAAUGAACUGGGCCUUGUUUUUGUCGUACCCUAUGAUGGCUGCAAUGUGAUACAAAAGAAUGGAAAUUACGUGUUGCCAAUGAGAUGGCUUGAGACACCAGUUAAAUUCACCUGCCCCAUGUUGCCAAGUUUCACAACAACACCUGUUUCAACUACCCUUAAAUCUGCUCAGCAGCCGAGGAAUCUUCCUCUCCCUCACGGUCUCUGGAGUCUGAAACGUCGCAAGCGUCAUGCGAACCAUCCGCUGUCAACAUAUGAUCUCUACCGUCUGUAUUACAAUAUGUUAAACUACUAUUCCAUGUAUAUGAUGACACCAGCACCGACGCCUGACACGACCACCAUGACUACAAAGCCCUCUACAGAGAAACCCCCUCAAAAAUAUCCUUCUGCAUAUCCAUACUACUUUUAUUAUCCCUUUUAUUACCCUUAUCUCUACUACCCUCUUCCAAAUGUUCCAAUGCAGACUACUACAGCACCAACAACUGCGAAACCUACUACAGCACCAACAACGACUGCUGAACCUACUACAGCACCAACAACGACUGCUGAACCUACUACAGCACCAACAACGACUGCCGAACCUACUACAGCACCAACAACGACUGCCGAACCUACUACAGCACCAACGACUGCCAAACCUACGACUACCACUAGUGGAGUGACAAGUGAAAUGACCACAAAAACUCCUCGAUACCCAUAUUACCCAUAUCCUUAUCCUUACUACCCUCCAAUGGGACAACAGUUUCCAAGCUUCCCUGAUGAUGCACAUUUAUAUUACUAUCAAAUUAUUCAGCACUACUAUGGAAACACUCCUUACCCACAAAUUCCAAAUACACCCAUCCAAACUGCUCAACCUCCAACUAAUAAACCAAGUAACCCAACUGCCACUCCUAAGCCAGAUGAUGCCACAACUCAACCAGGUGGCUCAAGUCCUACCACAAAGCAAACAACUGUCUGUACUCCUACUUCUACCUGUACAACAAAGCCCAGCAGUAACUAUCCGGGCACACUGAGUCCUUAUGUUCCUUUCCCCAAGCUCCCCUUCACUCCAUAUGUAUUAUACAAAUCAAACAAUGCUGUCAAACUCCCAGAUGACCAGAAAGCCCUUCCUCCUGCCACCUACAAAUCUGUACAUGGGUCUAAGGCAGACCCAUCACCACAUCCAGGCUUCCCCUACUGGAAUCCUGUGCCCUGGUUUCAUCGUUUUACAGGCAAAAAUGAUGGGAAAAAUCUACAGCCCAGUCAUGUCUAACUUCAGAUGGUAAGA